AAAGUAGGUAUUUCAACAACUGGCAGGUUGUAUACUAUACUGCGAGCAUGUAUGCAGGUCACUAAGUAUGUGGAAAACCCGUAUGUUGUAACACAGGAAGUAUAAAGGAUUAUACGAUAUAAGAAAGGCAGUUUGACAGGGACUUUUGACAAACAAGCAUGGAGGCCCGCUCCGCCAUACUUGUGUUUGUGACACUGAUGAUAGUUCGCGUCCUUAGCUCCUCGUCUGAUGUAGACAACGGUUCCAAGACUCAGUUUGUGUAUAGAGCAGGCGACCCUCAAAGAUGUAUGCAGAGAAGCUUGAACAAAAACGUUAUACGUUAUGAAGUACUGCCAGGAGGCGGAUGGGACAACUUACGAAACAAACAUGGCGGUCAAGUGAUUUAUUAUAACUACAGUCUUUGUCAAACUACAGACGAUGGACAAUAUUUGUUACCAGACGGAAUAAACACUGUUCCAUUAAAGAAAAGCAAACUGGAAACGUUCGCCGAGUUAUUUACACAUUGGCAGAACUACACGUCCACAACAUCUAGCACGGUCAACGCUGAGGCUGGCUUCCAUAUUGAACAUUUUGGCAUCGGAGGGUCCUUCUCGCAUGAGACGGGAAGUGUUCGUUCUCGACAGAUGAUGGAUGAAUCCGUGACCACCAGGGUUCAAAUGAGGUAUGUUCGAUAUUCUGCUAAACUUCAACCAGACACGGCCUUUAAUCCGAAAUUCAAAGCGAGGUUGUUGACAAUUGCAACACAGAUAGCAAAAAACCAAACAAACAUGGCCCGUUACGAAAGUCAGCUUCUUGUCAGGGACUUUGGCACCCACGUCAUCACCAGUGUAGAUGCUGGGGCUGCGCUUGUCCAACAAGACCAGAUAAAGACCACAUAUGCUCGUUCGUACAGCAUGGACAAGAGUAAAGUCAUGGCCUCCGCAAGUGCUUCAUUCGGCAGUGUUUUUGGUAUCAAGACUGGCUACGAUCACUCGACGUCGAAUGAAAUGAUCGACCAAUAUCUUGGAAACAGAACACAUUCUGAAACAGACACAAUUGGUGGGUCAGUGUUCCAACCUCAGAACUUUAGUCUUAAUGACUGGGCCGAAAGCGUCGCAGAGAAUUUAGUGGCCGUCGACCGAGCUGGAGAUCCACUGCACUUCGUCAUCACUCCAAUGGCCCUACCGGAAUUACCGUCGUCUGUAGUCUACGAACUUAUCAUGCAUGUAAAAGAUGCCAUUAAUUUGUACUACAAACAUAACAUUUACAAGGGAUGUACCAAUGCUGACUCCCCCAAUUUUAGUUUCCAAGCCAACGUCGACGACGGAACUUGUCAGAGCCUAUCAAACAACUACACGUUUGGUGGAGUGUACCAGACGUGUUCUUUGUCUGGAAAUAUCCGGUCUAACACUUGUGCCGAUCUCCGACAGAUGAAUCCUUUGACAGGUGAUGACUCUUGUCCCCCGAACUAUGAGGCGGUUAUGAUUGACAAAGGGAUUAAACGUACGCCAAAUACAGUACGUCGAUGCCAUAGCUGUGGAUUUCUAGGGUUUUCAACAUGUUGUGGAGAUUACGCGGCCUCCCAAACAGCGUCAUACACAGGAUUUUGGUGUGUAACUACAGGCAAAGUCCCGGCCGACUCUGGCUACCUGUUUGGUGGACUGUUCACAAGCACCAUAGGGAAUCCUUUGACGGGUGGCCGAACCUGUCCUCCAUACUUCUACGCGUUGAAAGUCAGUAGUAGCUUGCGAGUUUGCGUCAGUGAUGAUUACGAACUUGGCUACCGUUACUCUGUGCCUUUCGCGGGAUUCUUCAGCUGUAGAACUGGCAAUCCUCUGAAGCUGACGUCAGACGAAGAAGAUAGGCACAAACGUAGUAACACUGACAUGUUCGUUCUGGAAACUUUCCUGAAAAGUGCUGGGCCUUCUCAUUGGCCAAGAGGCUGCCCGACCGGUUACAGCGAGCAUAUGGCUGUGGUUGCCAAUGGAUGCGAAAUAUCCUACUGUAUCAAGGCCAACGCUUUGAGCGGAAAGGGCCUGCCGACUAUCAUACGACCUCCGUUUAUGGAAAUUCCUAUUCACGGAUUUUCGGACAAUUCCAGCUUCAAGAUAAGCGAGGACGGUAUGGAAUGGGAGGAUAUUGAAGGAUCCGUGGAAAUCAACACUAACUUUGAAUCAGCCAGUCAGAACAGCGACACAACUGCAGACGACGGCGAAUUGUCACGUGGAGCAGUUGCCGUCAUCGCGAUGGUAGCAACAAUCGCGGUCAUCGCGUUUGUGUUAAUCGUUGGUACAAAAGCCCGGAAUUGGCGCCGUCCCACUUCCGAAUAUCGCCGCCAACAGUCGGAUCCUCUUAUCCCGAAUCAGCAGGUAGUGUACGGGUCUUCCAAUGAACACACUGAAGUACAGGUGGAAACUUAAAUUUCAAUACUAACAAUAUUGUGUAUAUAGCAUCUUAUUCUGAAUAUGUCAUUUUAGCAUUGUUUAAUAUCUGUGAGAGAGGGACAGAUAUAUAUUUAAAGAUAAGGGUGUGAUUCUUACCAGCUCUCCAGCGAUGUUUACUCGUAAAUGUUCACGAGGGGGUUUCCUUUUAACAAAUGGAGUUGACAUGAAAACCACCCAUUACAGUACAGACCCAUUACAGUACACACCCAUUACAGUACACACAAUUAUGACGUCAUAUUUCAUUCUAUCAAAACCUGACACCAACAUAAACAAUGCGCUUAAAGGUUGGAAUUUCUGGACCAACGAAGAUUGUGUCUUAAUUAGAUUUAGUUACCGGUAUGAGUUUAGCAACAAACUUGUCACACGCAUUCACUGUAUUCCUUAAUGCAACGAUGUGUGUUAUAUCAUUUUAAACCGUUUUCUUAAUAUAUUGAUUGACAUUGGUUGUCUUGACUCUCCUUGUACAGUAUCUUCUGUAGCUUGAUAUAUAAAUAUAACAUGGUAAUUAACAUUUGCACACUAAUGUUUAUGUUUAUUUUUAGUCAAAAAUCUAAGAUGAACACUUAUCUGUGAAGUUUCAUACGUUGCAAAGCCAGUUUGUCUUAAAUAUAAUGAAAAUGAUUAGCACAGAACACUGCAUCAACAAAAUUAUUAAAUCUACAAAUCUUUUUAGCUUUCACUUUCAAUUUUAGCCUUUUUAAAAUGAAAAUCCCUCUCCUUCGGAAAUGUUACUACAAACACCUCAUUUUCGUUUAUUAUGUUUUGAGACGUAUUUAUUUUGUUUGAGGCAAAUAAACUUAACGCGAUAAUAUUUUAAAUUUUUCAUAAUUUCCUUUUUUCUCCUGAUAAUUUCCAUUUGUUUAGAAAUUUGAAAAUAUUGUUUUAUGCAAUGAUUUGUGCUUAUUGUUCUGAAUUUUAUUUACAUCGGUCAAACUGGUUGUGAAUUACGACAACAUAUGACACUUCACAAAAAGUGGCAGUCUUAGAUUUUUAACUGUAAAUAAAUAUAUACAUUCUUGUACAAAUGAUAAUUACAAUGAAAUUUCUACAGAUGAUGAUGUUCACAGAGAGCCAAAAGAAUCAUUGUCAAUCAUUAUAUUACAAAUUUGGUGGGGAUUUUCUUACAGCAAAGAUCGUUGCAUUAUUAAAUAAAGCUUGAAACUAUUCUUAAUUUACUUCUUAUUAAUUUUUAAUUUGUAUAUGAAAUAACAAGAUCUAUAAAGAUGAAAUAUUCCAUUUUAAGGUAUUACCCAUGUCGGGUAGACGAAUGACUUCAUGCUUCAUUUACAUUGCAUUGUAAGCAUUUGGUGUAUUACUGUGCCGCCUCUGCUUUCUCGUGUAGUUAUCAUGCGGAAUCUCAUACAAAAUUAUCUUAAUGAAAAUAACAUGUCAAAGCAAUGUAAAUCUGAUUUCAACUGAUAUACUUUUCUUGAACAUUAUAAUUAUUAAGCAUUCUAAAUUUCCUCGUGGCUGGCAAUGACCUAAGAAUACCUUAAUGCUUUUUUUAAUCGUUAGUCUAGCUUGAUUGUACCCUGGGAAGAGCGGUAAUUUAUUAUUUUGAGUAUGAAUACUGCGAUUGCAUCUGGGAGAAGCCGUUUUGGAGUUGAUCUAUGUGAGACAUGCUUACUUAAGCACUUAUUCCGUGGUAACUCGGAAAGUUGGGGCAGUUGAAAUGUUUGUGUCAUGAUUGGAAGGUAAUUUUAUCAUGUUUAAUCUAACAUGUAUUUGUAAUAUAUGCAUAAAUUGAGGUCGUUAUACUUUAUUUCAGUUUAACGGGCGUUAUGUUUGAAAAACAACGGGUGCAGCCAAUCAAAUCUGGGCGUUUUCCCAUUCAUCUCCUAGGUUGUUCCGUUCGUUGAAGCGUUCUACCAUAGCGCGUAGAGAUCUACUGAGCUUUGCAUGGUUAGUUGUUGACCGUUUUAUUGAAUUUAAUGGUAAGGGUGAUUUACAUUUAAAUCUUUUGAUUACUCUGAUAUCAUGUGGAUACAAUUGGAAUAUUGAACAACUCUAGUGAUAGAUUACUGAAAGGAGCGAGGGGUUUUAAUGUAUAUCCACAUGUUUUUAGGGUUGUUUUAAUUGAGAGCUUUUUGUUAUGUACAUUUUGUGCUAUCGAUUUGCAUAGGACUAAGUAGGCAGCUUAAUAAUUAUUUUAAUAACUUGAUUGAUGUUGCUAUAUCUUCACACACCAGAGUGUUGUUGUAUUAGCGUAUCACCAUUAAUUGCAAUUUUGGUACUUUUCAUUGCUUGUAUAUUUGUAUGAGAGAAUCUGGGAUCCAGCAGUGUGUUUUCUUUAUUGUGUAACGGUAUAAGAGAAUUGUAUUCCCAGCAGUGUGUAUAUAUUGUAUUUUUCUUCUAUUGUAAUAAACUAUAACCGGAAAGGUGUGUAUUAACUUUA